AGAAGACCCUUUGGAGAAUGGAAGGGUUCACCAAACAAAAAUUAUAAAUAGAAAGGAGAAGAGAGGAGACAAAAAAGUACACACAGGGAACCUGAGCUCAUAAACUAACCUAUACGUCAAAUCUCAAUGAGAAUCCUUCAACUGUAACUAAAUCAAAACACAGCCAUCCUCCUUUCCUAAUGGAAAAUCAGCAAUAUGCAGAGGAGCUCAUCAGAGAAUUCCUGGUCUUUAGAGGCUUCACAAAUACACUGAGAACUUUCGAGGCAGAACUGUCCACAGACAUAGGAAGGGGCUUCCAAGUGGAUAAAAUCCUUGAUCUUAUUUUUUCAGUUUAUGUGCCCAAAUUUGAGGCAGAUAAGCUCGUGAGUCUCUUGAAUUUUCUCAAGCAAUGCUUCUUUUCACCCACAGAUGCACGGUUCAAUGAAACUCUGGCCAAACUCGAACUCGCGACCAUGAGGUACUAUGUAGUGUACGCCCUGCAAAAGGGUAGGCACGAUAAAGUGGUGGAAUGUUUUGGGCGCCACGGGAAUGAUUUUCUACAGACUGCCGAUGAUUGGUGUCCCUGGUUCGCUAUUCCCUAUAUGAAAAAUCCCAGCAUGGACCCCCGGUUCAGAGUUUAUUUUUCAAAAGAGUGGCUGGAUGCCUUAUUUGUAUCAUUUCGGAAUUUUCUCAGUGAGGUCUUCAAUGGUAUUCGACUUCCUGCUCUUUUAAGAGUGAGUUCUGAGAACAUCAAUGUCAGAGGUCUGAAGAAAGAGAUAGAACGUCUAAGUUCUGAAUGUUCUCAACUACAAAUAUCGUUACAGCAUAAAGAGACAGAGCUUUCUCAACUGAAGAGCUUUGCUCCGUCGGCAACCAUUGGUAAUAGGUUUGAUGAAAUGGGAGCACUACAAGUGUCUACCAGAAAACAAAUUCCUGAAGGUACAAAUGCUCAAGAUGCCUCAUUUUUGAAGGAUUCUGGAGGUGCUGUUCUUUCAACUAGCAUUUCAGAGGAGAAGAUAUGUGGAAAACAGUCUUAUUCUUUUGUUGCGCCAGCUUCAAGUUCAUAUGUUUCUGGACAAGACAAAGAUGUGGAGGCUUUUAAUAAUCUUAGGUUAGAGAAUUCAAAGGUAUCAGAAGUAUCAUCAAGAGAUCUAGCUUCUGAAUUCCCAGAAUCAGAAUCUGGUGCAGAUCUUGAUGGCGAGACAUGGAGUGAAGAAGAUUUUUCAGAAGUUACUGUGGAGUUUCAGGAGACAUUUUCAGGUCACACAAGCCCUAUCACUAGAUGCCGUUUCUCAGCUGCAGGAACAAAUAUUGCUAGUGCAUCUGUUGAUGGCACUGUUAGGAUUUGGACAUAUGAUUCUUCAACCCCAACAUCCAGAAAUGCAACAAUCUAUUGUGGUGCUGAAAUCAUGUCUCUUGAUUGGGAGUAUAAGUCAGACCGCUUGUUGCUCAUAGGCACAGCACAGGGUGGCAUCAAGGCAUGGAAUGUAGAUGCAAAACGAGUUGUUUGUGAUCUUAGUACUACUGCAGCAUUCCCAAAUGUUUUGGACUUGAAGUGCAGUCCCGUGGAACCGAUUUUUGUAUCUGCAGCAGCUUCUAGAGGGCAUGGCAGUAAAGGCAUUGAGCAAAUGGGAUUUGCCUCCUUAACAGCAUGGAAUAUGAAGACUUGGAAACCUUUGACAGUUCUUCCGCUAGGUGAGGAUCCACCAGCGAUUACUUCUGUCUGUUUCAACCAUAAUGGGAAAAUUUUGGCAGCUUCUGCAACAGAUGGAAUGAUCCAUAUGUUUGAUAUGUCUGCUGGCUUGCCAAUAACUGGCUGGCCUGCUCAUGAUUCAGCAGUAUGUAGCGUAAAGUUUGGACCGGAUGAAGCUAGCAUUUUAAGCCUUGGUGCAGAUGGAAAGAUUUUUGAAUGGAGUUUGCAUAACCAAGGCCAAGUCUUGUGGUCACAUGAUUCUGGCAGAACAUUGAGCUUUUUGAACAGACAUUUUGGGUUUGAAAUCGCAAAGCUCCCUAGGCAUGAAAUGGCGAUGGAUGCACAUGGGAGGAGAUUGCUUGUGACAUCAAAUUCUUUGAGGUCUCCCUUGUAUCAGAUCCAAGGAAAAUCCAAAGGGCAAAAGACUCUACAACAUGGUGCUCCCAUAACAUCUGUGGAUUGGCACCCUUCAUCACCAAUAUUUUUGACGGGAUCGGCGGACCACUCUGUUCGUGUCACAUCAAUUUCAUAAACAAAGUGCCCAGUGAUCAUUGAUUUAUUCAUACUUUUCUGUUGAGCUUGAGGCGGAAUAAGGGACUUAGUCAUUUGUUCUUAUCAUAACAAUAGAGUUCCAAUUAACUAUUCUAUUGAAUAAUUUUGGUUGGGAGGAAUAUUGAACAAUUUCUCUUUGUAAAAUCUAACCUAUUUUUUGACUUCAUUCUUUUGAAUGUUUUUUUGCCAUUCUUUUUAACAUAUUAUCAAAUGAAAGCAAUGACAUAAUUUUCGAGAACA